AUGGUUCGAGGAAAAUCAAUAUAUGCCGAAAUAUAUAUAAAAAAUUCUUACAGAGCAAAAUGUUCUCCUAGAGUUAGAAGGCCAAUGAGACCUCGUGCCAUAGCUUGGGCCGGACCGGAUGCUUUUUAUCCUAACAGAUUUUAUGAAAUGGAUCGUUGGUAUAAAGCAAGAAUUCAAAGACCAGAACUUUUACCAGAAUUACAUCUAGUUGAUGCUAAUAAUAUAUACAAAAGUUAUGAAGAACUAACAAAGAAACCAUUAAUGGAUAAAAUUGAUAUUGGUUUUAAAGUUCCUCAAGAAAAAAUAAAGGCAGUAAAAAAUGAAAAAGAGUUUACUGAAUUUGAUGAAGUAAUAAUUGAUAUUGAAAAUUUAAAAUUUAACCAAACAGAGAUAUUUAAUCAUAAUAAUAUCUUCCAAGAUCUUUUUCAAACUAAUGUAUUUUUUAAUAUAACUCAGGAAACGAAUUUUAUCUAUGGAAAUAAUAAAAUUGCAAGAGGAAAUUUACUUAAGUGUAAUGAUAUGAAAAAUCAGCCAAUAGUAAAAUUAGAAUCUUUUAAUACCGAGGCUUAUAAUACAAUUGUUAUGGUUAAUUUAGAUGGAAAUGCAUUUACAGAAAAUGGACAAAUUCUUCAUUGGAUGGUAUCUAAUAUUCCUGAUGGAAAAGAUAUUAGUGAGGGAGAUACAAUAGUACCAUAUUUACAACCUUUAGUUUUUAAAGGAACUGGUUAUCAUAGAAUUGUUUUUGUAACCUUUAGACAUAAAGAAAAGGUUAAUUUAGAAAAUGUUAUUGAAAAUAGUAAUAAGUUAUCUGGGCGUGUUUUCAAUAUGCUUAAAUUUUAUAAGUUUAAUGAGAACUCUUUAACACCAAGUAGUGCUAAUUUUUCACAAUUAACGUGGGAUGAUAGUGUUGAUGAAACUUUAGAAAACAUUGGUGAAGAUGUACCUGAAUUUAAGUAUGAAUGGCGUGAACCAUUGGUAAGAAAGCAAAGAGAAUUUCCUGAGAAUCCUCAACCAUUUGAUUUGUACCUUGAUAUGUAUCGUCCAAAAGAAGUUGUUUAUAAUGAAAUUGAAAAGAUGAAAUUAGAAAUGUCUACAAGUGAUGGACCACCAAAAAAACCAAAAUAUCCAGAUUUUAAUUAUGUCAAUAACAAGAAAAAUAUGACACACUGGGAACAUUCUCGUUUAAUAAGAAAAAAUAUUGGAGAUGGUGUUUUUGGAAGAUUGUAUGAAUAG